UUUCAGAUCUCAAGGUGGAACCUCGUUUUGGUCAACCUCGGCAGUCGGCUGUCUGACAUGGAGACUGGAAAAGGCAGAGGGAGUCGUGGUGGGAGCGCCGUCUCGUGGCGAUGAGCCGGGCUGCACCGGGAGCUGGAUUUAUGGCACGCAGCUGUUGAGCGGCUGACAGACGAGUGAGUGGCUCAAGCGCUGCUGCUUCUCAAGCUGCUCUUACCAGCUCGAGCUCCGCUUGCCGUAGGAAAGAGGACCGCUGUGCCCAGACGCUCACACAACGUCGGCAGAUGGUGCGGGAGCAGUAUGUCACCACCACCCAGGGCAGCAGCUCGCCCAGGCCGGUGCCCGACAACGUCUACAAGAUCGGCAUCUACGGCUGGAGGAAGCGCUGCCUCUACCUGUUUGUCCUGCUGCUCAUCAUCAUUCUGGUGGUGAACUUUGCCCUCACCAUCUGGAUCGUCAGGGUGAUGCGGUUCAACACGGAAGGGAUGGGCCUCCUCCAGGUGAACCCGGACGGGGUCAAGCUGCAGGAUGGCGAGUCCGAGUUUCUUUUCCCCGUCUACGCUCAGGAGAUCCACUCCAGAGAAGACUCUUCGCUUCUCGUGCACUCAUCGGAAAAUGUUUCGCUUAACGCCCGCAAUGAAAACGGUGACGUCACAGGGAGGAUAUCUGUGGGUCCAACGGAGGCUCAGGGAUACACUCGAAAUCUGCUCAUUAGCUCCCUCAAUGACGACAUGCUGUUCAGCGCAGAUGGCGACCAGGCUGUGAUUGGACCAGACAAACUACGAGUCACAGGGCCUGAAGGAGCUCUGUUCCAGCAUUCAGUGGAGGUGCCCCUGCUGAAAUCUGAACUUUUGAAAGACCUGAGGCUGGAGUCUCCGACUCGCUCGCUCACUCUGGAGGCGCCAAAAGGAGUUUAUUUCAAAGCGCUGGCCGGCAACAUUGAAGCUGCUUCGAACAUGGACGUCAUUCUGCAGUCGACUAUAGGACUGCUGGUGCUGGAUGCUGAGACGGUGCGCAUGCCGAGCUUGCCCAAGAGCGAAGGAGGGGUUUCUGGAAAUGCUGAUGGUCUCCAUGAGGUCUGCGUUUGUCCCAGCGGCAAGCUCUUCCUGUCUAAGGCUGGGGUCACCUCCACUUGCAGCGAGUAUCAGGACUGCUAAAAAGACUGUGACGAGGUCAUCGUUUUUUUCAUCUCUGUAGAUCUUCUGGGAGGCAGCAAGCACAACUGUUUAUAUUUGGCCUGGAGAUUCUUUUCCUUUUAAAAUCUUUAUACCACAGUGGGUCUCUGAUGAUCGCAGAGAUAAGAUCCCACUGGCACAUCGAGGCCUGUAAAAAUACAAAUGCCUGCUGGCGUACAUGUAGGAGAUGUCAUGAAAUGCAUCCUUUUAGUGGCAUUUAUGAUCUUCUAACCAUUUAGCUGAAACUCAUCUUUCCAAAUGUAUUAGCAUCAGAGCUUUGUAAAGAGGUUUUUUUUUACACACACACAGUAUCAUGGCUGGGCAAUGAGGAGCUGGUAACGGCUUACAUCCUAUGCAAUAUUAUCUUGUGGUGCAAUAAAUAAAUUGACUCAUAUCAAGGGUUUGGAAUAAGACACGUUUUCUCAAAUGCAGAUGAAUGUUAUUUUGGUCUACCUGUGCCCUCCUGGGUCCAAGCCCUUGGUGUGUAUGAUUGUGCUUGUCUUGGUGUUCAGCAUGUCUUUAUUUAAUUGGGGGGGGGGGGACAUUUUGUGAAAUGUUGGUAAAUAUCUUGUCAUUGUCACUUCAGAGUUUUCUUAUUUUAUUUGAGUAAAACACGAGGCCUCAGACUUUUUAAGAUUUGAGAAUAAAAAGUGUUUAUGGUACCAUGAAGUGUUUCUAGUGCGGUAUAAUGUGUGUGUGCAAGUAUAUUUAGAUUUUAUUUACUACACAUAUAUUUGUUUUGGCCUUUAUAAUUUUAAGCCCCACUUAAGCAUGUAAUCAUGCCUUAGAUCAUGCGUAACCUCAUUUACAGUCAAGGGUCUAUGACCGGAAACUUUAACAUGGAAGCAAAAACUCAACAUUUCUCAUGGACUAAAUGUAAUUAUGGGUAGUUUAUGAUUCUGUUUUUGUUCUGGUAGUUUGAUUUGAAAACAAUGGUGGCAUUUAAGUGUUGCUUUUAAGUCAAAUGCCUUAUUUUUUUACACAAUAUGCAUGAGGGUGAUGGACUACAUUUGCGUCCGUGAGCUUAAGAUUCUCUUUUCAUUACAUCAAAGAAGGCAAUAUUGUCUAAUGGAUGCAUUGAAUUUCUCAUUAUUUUAACUGCAAGACUGCAUAAGUAUUAUCUCACAAUUUUGUUAUUACAAUUUCUAAGUAGAUGAUUUGCAAUUCUCACAUUUUCUAGCAUUUUUUGAUAGUGUGUAAUGUGUAUUUAUUUUUGUAUGUUGAAUAAACUUUGUGCUAUUCUAUGA